CUCCUCCUCCUCCUUCUUAUGUUUUUUUCUAGCUCCGUAGUGUGCCACGCUGACCGUUUGCAGUUCUGACCCGUCGUCGACCACUGAUGCCGUCCUGCGGAGGCUUCGUGCUCUCGAGGAAGCUGUCUUUGGUAGCCACCAGGAUCAGCGGGACUCCAAGGACUAUGAGGACCACGGAGACUACCCACAGAACGGGUACCGCCCGGAUAGGCGUAUUCGGCGGGACCAGACUUCGCAGGCCAGCAGCUCUGCCGACACUCCCCCGCUCACGCUAUCCUCGACAGAAGGGACGACGGUAGAAACGGCAGGGUCGGCAGGGACAGCAGGGAGAGCAGAGACAGCUGCCACAGUAGGCCCCCAGGAGCUGGAGCUCGGCCAUACGGCCACCAUGCCGCUAGGCCGGCUCCGGAACUUUAAGGUCGGCAUCGCCACGCACCGGGCCGGGUACCCCCUCGCAUUCCUCGGCACCUCCGUGCUAGAGAUGGGCGUUAUCUGGAUAAUGUCCCGGUCUGCCGCUGCCACCCUGUUGCAGGACUACCUCGACCACGUCUACCCCCUCCAGCCCAUCAUCCAUGGCCCCACCACCCGGAAACUCCUCGAGGACUUCUACGAUGGGCUCGCCCGCCGAGAUCGCCUCGCGCCACAUACGGCUGCCCUCAUCCUGGCUCUGGCCGCCGCCAGCGCCUACUUUUGGCAGCCCGGCAUCGGGCGUCACAACUACUUCGCCGCCGUCAAGGAGGCCGUCGAGGCCUCCUUCAUCUGGCGCGACUGGGCCUUGGACAUCCUGGUCAACACGGGCCAAGAGCAGGGAACCAGCACCUUCGAGGGCGUCCAGGCCUGGGCCCUGCUCUCCUUUCUGGCCCAGACUGCCGAGGGCGCCUCUCACCGUUUCCGCUUCUUGCACAACUGCUCCCUCGCCGCCGCGCGCGAGCUGUCGCUCCACCUCGUCGACAGCCCGACCAAAGCAGAUCCUGCGAACCGUGCCGGCGACGAGAACCCCGUCAACUGCGAGCUUAAGCGGAGGAUCUGGUGGCAUAUUGCCGUGACCGACUGGCUGCUCGGCUUCGCGGGGGGCCCGACCGAAGGCACGUACUCAGUGCAGCUGCGCCACAUGAGCGUCCGGUAUCCGAAGAACGUGAACGACGACGAGCUGGAGACGCUGAACGACUCGGUCGAUGCGCCCCUCCACCGCUUCACCCAGAUGUCGUACUUUCUCCAGCGGAUCCGCAUCGGCGAGAUAAUCCGGGCCGUUCUCGACGCCAGCAGUCCGGGAGACGCCGACGUGAACAUCUCGGAUUACAACAAGGUCCUCGCCUUCGACCGCCUCUUCGAGCAGGCCCUAUCCGACUUGCCCGCCUUCUUCCGGCGCCAGGACCACCUCCCACCCCGGAGGCCCGACAUGCUUGACCUGCAGCGCGUUCUUCUCCAGCUCGGCCUACUCUCGCGUCGCGCCCGCCUGCACCGCCCUUUUCUCCUGCAGCAACACGGCCGGCAUGGUCGAUCUGGCUUCCACCGUAACCGGUCCCGCGACAUCUGCCUUGAGUCCACCCGCGCCGUUGUCUCCCUCGGGAUCGACAUCAUCCAACGCUCCCUGUACGUUAACCAGGCACCAACAGAAACAGCAACGACAACGACAACUAUGGGCGACCCCGUGCUCAACAAGACGCCUGGCCUCUCGGUCCACCGCCUCGGCCUCAUCAUCAGCCACCUCUCGGCCGCCUGCACCGUCCUGGCCAUCUACACCGGAAGUGCUAGCAGCAGCAAGGGACGAUUCACCGAGGGAAACGGACUGGAGAAUGGAGACGAGGAUGACGACGACCAACUGAACCGGGCCGCCGUGUCCCACGAGCUGGCGCAGGUUUGCCGCGUCCUAGGGGCCCUCGGCACCGAGUCGCCCGUCGCCGCCGAUUUGCUGCGGAACCUGGUUGGCCUCCUGAACCGCUACCGCGCCCCCCCGGUCCAGCAGGGAGUGGCGCCGACGGUAAAUGACAAAAAUGUUGAUGGCAGUGGUGGCGGUACCCGGACUAGAGGCGCUCACUUGAUGAAGGAGGAGGAGAGGGAGCAACAGCAGCAAGGACUGCAGCAACAGCACAACUACCAGCACCAGCAUUAUCAGCAACAGCAGCAACAGCAACAGCAACAACAACAACAACAACAACAACAACAACAACAGCUACAGCAGCAGCAAAUCGUGCCACCCUCAUGGACGCCCGCGAACCAGAUGGACGACGGAGGACGGUUCCCCCUCCCCACUGCGGACGUGAUUCCGCAGCCUGGUCCGCCCGUGAUUCUUGGUGGCGGCGGCGGCGCUCCGCCUCCGUUCAGCCUAGACGGGUUGUGGGACGGCUUCACCAUAGGCUCGAGCGACGACUACACCCAACUAUUCGCUAACUUGGACUAUUAUUGCGGCAUCGCCUAGGAAGCAUAAUAUGGCACUAAUUAUACAUUACAAACGCAUGUGCACACGGACAUAUUUUCUUUUUCUUUUAAGGAGCGCAUAGUAUGUACCUGGGAAAGUAUUGUCUGGGAACAUUAGUAAGGAGAGGGGGUUAAUUGAUUGAUUAAACCUGAUACAGUUCGUUACCUGCAGACGCGUCCAUCAUAUAAGGUUAGAUAAGAUAAGCCCUAUAGAUCCUGGCAAACGGAGGGUUCUUUGUUCCCAUCCUCUACUUAUACAGAGCCACAGGGCUAGCAAACGUAGGAAGGGACACCGAACUUUUGAACUAUCUUGAUUUUACUACAACCUU